AGAGCUCUUACUGCAUCGACAGGCCCACUAUAAAGCCAUAGGCAUCCCUUUGGUGGACAUUUACGCCAAACGCGGCAUGACCUUUGACGGGACACAAGGAAAUCAGAAGAGAUAGCUUUCUUAUCCGCAGAAACGAAGGAAGGAAAGACACUAAACCAGUGGAGGCGCCACAAAAAAAAGCUGUUCGCCGGCCGGAGCUGACAGUAACUGCAAAACAAUGGCGCACGCUUCCUCCUUAUUCGCUCCUAUUUCCUUCCAUCUCGCCUCCUCCGCAUUCUCUCCGCUCUCCGCCAAGACCAGAUUCUCCAGAUUUGUAACCGUCGCCGCAAUUCCACCCCUCUCCACCGCCACUCCCAUGGAUCUGCCUCCUCUGGACGAGACAACAAUUGCAGUCAUCGGCGGCGGCUCCGUCGCCGCACUCGCAGCCGUGCUGUCCUUCACGGAUCCGGAGCGUCGGCGCAAGCUCCAAGCCGUGGAAGUCGGCGGCGGCGACAAGGAGGUGGUGAGGGAGUACUUCAACAACUCCGGCUUCCAGCGAUGGCGGAAGAUCUACGGAGAGACCGACGACGUCAACCGCGUGCAGCGCGACAUUCGUCUGGGACACGCGAAGACCGUCGAGAACACGAUGGUAAUGCUGAAAGAGGAGGGCUCUCUCCAAGGCGUCACCGUCUGCGACGCCGGCUGCGGACUGGGCUCACUCUCGAUUCCACUCGCUAGAGAAGGCGCAAUCGUCUCCGCCAGCGACAUCUCCGCCGCCAUGGUCUCCGAGGCCGAGAAGCAGGCGAAAGAGCAGUUGGGAGGAGGAGAUGUUGUAAUGCCGAAAUUCAUGGUGAAGGAUCUGGAGAGCUUAGAUGGGAAAUACGACACGGUGGUAUGCCUGGACGUUCUGAUUCAUUACCCGCAGAGCAAAGCCGACGGGAUGAUUGCGCAUCUGGCGUCGUUGGCCGAGAAUCGAUUGAUAUUGAGCUUUGCGCCCAAGACAUUCUACUACGAUUUGUUGAAGAGAGUUGGGGAGCUGUUUCCAGGGCCAUCCAAGGCCACCAGGGCGUAUCUGCAUUCGGAGGCAGAAGUGGAGGGAGCUUUGAAGAAGGUCGGGUGGAGAAUAAGGAAGAGAGGCCUCAUCACUACGCAGUUCUACUUUGCCAGGCUCGUCGAAGCCGUCCCUGCGUGAACCGAGCAAAAGGAUGGGCGGUGAAGUGAAUCCUUCAGCAUCCAAGGUUGAUCUAAGUUUUCACUUCCCCUGUAUUCUUGUAACUAGUACUGGGCCUCGCUCGUUGGCCGACAGAGUUUAAUAACUAUUUGAAUUAUAUGUAUUGAAGAUGCAUAUAAUAAUUUGUGCUUUUAAAAAAAAUAAAUAUCUAAGGGAUCGUUUGGAAGUUGCGAUAGUUUUGUUGAGAUUGUCAUUAUAUGUAUUGUUUACAAUGUAUCGUUUUUUUUGUUUUUUUAGCAGAA